UCGUGCGUCACCCGAGCACCAGCGACCCCCGAGGACGUUCGGUUGCCCCGCCCCCUUUUCCUUAACGGCACAGGGUCCAUUUUGUUUUAUUCUGGAUUUUUGCAGGGACUCGUCGAGAGCUAGCUUAAAAACAACGACACACACCGCUGAGGCCACUUGAAGAAACAUUUCCAACAUGAGUGGCUGUCGUAUCUUCAUCGGCCGACUCAGUCCCUCGGCCCGGGAGAAGGACGUGGAGAGGUUCUUCAAAGGAUACGGCCGCAUCCGAGACAUCGACCUCAAGAGAGGCUUCGGGUUUGUGGAGUUCGAUGACCCCAGAGAUGCUGAAGAUGCAGUGUAUGAGCUUGAUGGCAAAGAGCUGUGCAAUGAAAGGGUGACCAUUGAGCACGCUCGUGUCCGUCUGCGCGGCGGCCGUGGCAGGGGUGCUGCCGGCGGCGCUGGAGGUGGUGGUGGUGGAGGAGGUGGUGGUGGUGGUGGUGGUGGUGGUGGUGGUGGUGGACGGUUCUCUGCUGACCGCUAUGGCCGAGGCUCCCAGAACAGUCGGAGCCGAAACCCUCCUCCGAUGCGCACGGAGAACCGUCUGAUUGUGGAGAAUUUGUCCUCUCGCGUGAGCUGGCAGGACCUGAAAGAUUUCAUGAGACAAGCUGGAGAGGUGACAUUCGCAGACGCACACCGGCCCAAGCUCAACGAAGGGGUUGUUGAGUUUGCCUCUUACAGUGACCUGAAAAAUGCCCUUGAGAAACUGUCUGGAAAGGAAAUCAAUGGCAGGAAAAUUAAGCUCAUAGAAGCAGCAAAGAAGAGGUCCAGAAGUCGUUCCCGGUCUGACAGCUCCUCGCGCUCUCGGUCUCGUUCCCGCGGUCGCUCUCCAUCACGCUCGCCCAGACGCUCACGCACCCCCACGAAGGCCCACAACCGCUCCCGCUCCCGCUCCCGCUCUCGCUCUCGCUCCCGCUCCCACUCCCGCUCCCGCUCUCGCAGCGUCUCUCCCGCCGGCAGCCCCUCGUCCCCCAAAACAAAGGAUCCCGCCAAGCGCUCCAAGAUAAGCAAGUCCGCCACCCCGCCCCCCCUGCCGCCCGCCCAGAGGGUCUCCAUCUCCCGUUCCCGCUCUCGUUCUCGUUCUCGGUCUCGCUCUCGCUCUCGCUCGACUGACAGCCAGCGCUAAGGGGGGCGCGGUCACGUUCUUAAGGGGAAGUGACUCGUUUCAGCCGUAGAUUCAGCUUUGAGGUGUUGGCACACCGGCGUUCCAACGGACCCCUCAGAGAGAGGACAUGAGAGUUUUCCUCCAGUUAAGUUUGGUUUCUUUCCCCGUCCGGAAUUUUUCUCGUCGCCGCCCUCAAGUUCUUCACAUUUUACACAUACGUUUUUGAUUUUCAGACAUUUCAUAGUUAUUGGACAUUUACAUAAAUUAACAUCACUUUUUAAAGACAGCACAUUAACAGUACCGAACCAUAUGCAUGUUUUCACCCAGUGACUCCUCACCUCUGAAUCUAUUCACCCAAGCGAGGCUGCAGGUCCAGCGCUGCUGCGCCAUCGCCUCAUCUCACCAAAUCACCACAAUGCCCCGAGUGAACCAGAGUCUAGAUUCGCUCUCAUUGGGCUCGUGGGUCGUUAUUAAUCUCUACACUUGGAAAAAUAAACCUUUCAAGAGAGAAUCUGUAUUUUUUUUGUCCAGCAGCACCUGGAUGUUUUUAAAAAAAAAAAAAAAAAAGUUGUGACCACUUUCUUUCCUUCUUGUGACACUUGCUUAUAAGUUGGACACUUUUUAUCGCUCAUUUUCAAAGCCCUUUUUUGUCUUUUGCCCCUUUUUUCUUUUGCACUGUGCCGACCACUGCUGCCGAAUGAGCAAUACAACCUUUAGGAUGCUUUUGCAUGUGCUAUUUUGUUUGAUCAAAAUUCAGAACCUCCUCAUUGAUAUUUUAUUUGUGCUUAAAACUCAAAUACAAACCAUCAUUGCAACUGGCAUUUGCAGCUUCAGUAUCAAGAUCACAUGCGUACAAUUAAGCACAUUUUCUCCACUAGUCAAACGGCUGUACGCUAAAUUUUAAGGAUCUUGCAUUGACUGCUGGGCUUUUAUUUUGUCGGGAGAUGUAGGGCUGCGGUCCGCUCUUUGAUUUCAACACUUAAAAAGUGGUGUUGAUGUGUAAAAACAGUCAAUUCUAGAAUUGUAUUGAAUGUUAUUUUAUCUUUUUUUUCUUUCUACUUUUUUUUGUGUACAGCAUGGAGACUUUUGUUUUACAUACUUUGUGUUAAAUGUAAUUCCAAGAAAACUUGUUGGUACUGUGACAGGUGUUACUGUGGUUCGAAUGAACAUGUGGACAAUGUUGUGGAAAGAAACUACAUUUUUUUACAUUUGGAUUGUAUUUUCAGUGGCAAAUAUAAUGGACGUUUGUAUGCUGUAAAGAAUACAGUGGACUCAAUAAAAACAUUUUAACUUAA